AUGUUUAGUUCAGUUCUGAUCUUGGUCCUGGGAACCCUUGUCAGCCUUCACGGUAUAGCAGUCAUCACAGCGGCGGAUGCCGCUACCUCCAGUGGAACAAAUCUGGGAUUGAUCACCAUACCGUCGCAGGCGCAAGUAUGCUCGUGCUCGCUGUCAUUGUCCUGCAGCUGUUGCCAAAGCGUUGUAGUGAACGCUGUCAAUACAACCAAGACUCUGUGCCUGACAUUCAAGAUUAGCGUACUAAGUGGGUCAGUAGAUGUAGGUGUCACCAUGGAUGGAAAUUCGAUGACAAAGUUCACCAUCAGCACUGCGUCACCACCCACAUUCUGCCUGCCAGUGCUCUCGUUAGUAACGCCUCUGGACAUGUGCCUCAAGCUGAACAUAAAGAUGGCUGGGCUGUCUGGAAUCCAGGCUUGCCCGACAUUCUAUUCCAGCUAUGAUAGCAGCAACGUUGUCAGCUAUGAUUUUCCGUGCAUUCAGCUGGGCUUGGAUGGAGUAAGCCUGGUGUGAAAGAAACAGGCGGAAACAUUUGUUUUGCUUUGAUGGUUUAUUUUUCUUUAUAUAGGAUGUAUUACAUUCUUUGCAGUAAGCCAUAGAAAUUCAUAUGUACAAAUGUUAUUGGUCAAAUGCACGAGGGAAAUGAACCGCAACACAAAUAAAAUUAGGGAGAUGAUUUUGUUGACAGCUAAGCUCGUCUUAAGGGCUACAAUUACAAUCGAAUUAAACGUUGAACCCGCUAUGCCUGAACCCGGAGGCUUACAUACGAAACGAUUUACAAUAGACUUACAACUGAAGAUCACAAAGGCCUCCCACCUAACCACACGAGAGCCUAUAGUUUGGCCUUAAAGAUUCUACCGAUUAGAUUAGAUUAGGUUGGGCUGGUUGGAUUAUAUUGAUUAUACUCGUAUUGAGGUAAGUAAAUAUGUUAUGCCUUAUUUUUGUAUUGCCUUGAAAUCACUUAAAAGCUGUUUUUGUCGGUUUCGAAAAUAUUCAUAGGACUUUCAACGAGAUUUCAAGAAAUAC